AUACGCUUCCGGUUUGAGGAAACUAAACUUUUUGUAGGUUUUAUUUUGCAAAGGAAUCUUGAUGAUUGAUAUAAUUAUAAUAAAAUAAGUCGGCAAGAUGCCUAUGAAGAAGAAAGGAAAAGGGAAGAAAAAGGGCAAGAAAGGGACGAAGGAAUCGGCUGCUUCUCAGAAAGUCAACCGUGAUCCUCUCAAACCAGAGGCAGUUGCUCAGCCCAUUUUACCCCGAGAAAAGCUUGUUAAUCUGUUAACGUCCAAUCCAGUAGAUGAAAAAGAAGUGCAUGGUUUUAAAGUAUCAACUAGAGUAUUAAAUGAAUUAACACCACAAGAAAUACGAGAUUUAAGAGUUGUGUUUGAUUUGUUUGAUAUUAAUAAUGAUGGGUUGAUAGGGGCAGCUGAGUUGAGGAGAAGUUUAAAAGCUUUAGGAUUUAAGGUCUCCAAAGCAGAUGCUCACAAAUUAAUAGCAGAUUCCAGUAAUAAAGGAUCCAGUUUGAUAAACUUUACAGAGUUUUUAGAGACAGUAAUAGAUAGACAGGGUGAUACACGUGAUGUUUAUGAUGAGAUUAUUAAAGGUUUUCAAAUGUUUGAUUUAGAGAAAACUGGGUCCAUAUCCUUGGACAAUCUGAUAAAAAUCUGUCAAGAAACAGGAUUAAAAUUUACUAAGAAAGAUUUAGAAGAGAUGAUAGUAGAAGCAGACGUGAAUGGAGAUGGACUCAUUGAUCAAAACGAAUUCAUUAGAAUUAUGUUACAAACUAAUUUAUUCUAAUGGAUCUCAUCUCAUCUCAUGCUGCUGACAUGUCACACAUGUUAUGGAUAUCAAGUCAGCAUCAGGAGGGCAAGUUUUGGAGUCUGAAAAAUUGCAGGAAUACCACAAAUCUCAAUAUAAGGGCGUCUUUGUUCCUGGUCAGAUUUCAGAAAAAUUUGGUGUUUCAACCUGGUUUGAAGGUAUAUAUAAGACAAUAUGCAUGGAUUUUUUUAUUUGUUAUUUUAAAAUGUACAUACAUCUAUUUACAAUGAAUACAAAUUAAUGGAGUUUU